AGCAGUGACAAACAUCUGGUAAUGAUCAGGCCCCCUCUCUACCCCCAUCCCAAAUCCCUAUAGUGGAGAAGGAUCCUAAAACAGAUCUUGGUGUUUUACAGCAACGUGUACAUUAAAGGUUUCGGAUUUCAGAGAAAAGUAACACACUCUUUUUGGUUUUUUUUUUAAUCCCGGGUUUCUGGGAAUGAGAGGGGUGGAGAAGAGGAAGCGGGGAAGUGGCCUUCACAAAAAAUUAGGGCAGACAUGCGGUGGAGGAGACAAGAUGCUCAUUACUAAAUAUCCUGUGAGUCACGCCCACCAUUGAAUCAUCAGAAUGACAGCGACUUAUAAACACUCGGGAUUUUGAUCAUGUGCCUAAAGGGAGUGAAAACAGAACAUAUUUAAGCACUUUCCGGAGAUGUCUGGAUCCAGGAGCAUCUGCAUAUGACUUUUGAUAUGUUGAAACACUAUAACCAACAAUUUGGAGAAGACAUACCAUCUCCGGACCACUGUGCCCUUGAGAUCCUCAACAUAGUGUUCCCAUAUUGCCUACUACAUUGAAUGAUAAACUUUUCUUCUAGAAAAAAUUUGCAGAUUUUCUUAGUUCUUAAUUUUAAGGGACCUGAUAGCAGAAUAAAAGGAGACAUGGCAUCUUCAAACUUAACAGUAGUCGUGUUGCUUGGGAUUUUCUUGGUCAAUAAGUGUCAGAACCUUAUUAAAAACACCAAGGAGAUAAAUAUGGAAGGACGACUCAUCAUCAGUGAAGUUAACCCAGAUAACCCUGGCCAUGAUAUCGCUGAGUUUCUUGAACUUCAUCAUACUAGUGGACAAAAUGUCUCUCUCGAUGGCUUUACGUUGGUCUUCUACAAUGGCAAAACCAACACAGCCUAUAAAGUGCUAAACUUAACUGGAUACACCACAGAUAAGAAAGGGUUCUUUCUCAUUGGGUCUUCGAGUGUUAGACCAGUUCCCAACAUUAUCUUACCAAACAACACUAUCCAGAAUGGACCAGAUGCUAUAGCUCUUUAUUUUGGAAAGGGACCUUACGAUACAUCAAUGCGUGUAACCCGUGAUGGGUUAGUGGAUGCCCUGGUGCACAAGACAAGGAGCACAGACCAAGCUGAUGAUCUUGUCAAUGUCUUGACGCCAGGAAUGGAGGCCUUCUUGGAGGAUGUAAAUUAUCAGAUCACUGAUGAGUCCAUUGGGAGAUGCUUGGAUAUAAAUGGACAGCUCACCUUCCAAUUGACACAUCUGUCACCAGGCAGCGAGAAUUACUGCAGCGUGACUUUAGUCGCACUGAAUGAAAUUUCAUCUCCAUAUGCUGAUGAUUUAUACGUAGAAAUCCAUGGGCCGUCCUCCACCUUUCUCUAUGGCCUGACCCUGGCAUUUAUCAGUGGAAUGGACCAAUCUGUCUAUUACGCUACGGACAUCAAAGGUCAGACUGACACCAAUGGCUUGUUUCUGCUCGUAAGUGAAAAGCACGAUAAUCGAGCUCAGCAGACACUACCUGACAGUGCUCGCUUGUUCAAGAAGGGUGGCGGCGCAGUAGCGUUGUAUAAGGGGAAGAGCAGUGAGGUUUUGCAGAACAAGCGGUACACUACAAGCGGAUUGAUCAACGCGCUGGUAUAUGGUGACUACGAAGACAUGGCAGCUCAUCCUCUUCAGGAUAUGACCAUAGGAAAUAAUAUAAUUUACUGGCAUACAUGGGAUGUAAACAUUUCUGCCAGCCUGUGCAGCGAGGAUGAGGACCCCCUUUUUAUACUUGGAGGCAGCACUCCAGGACAGCCGAAUAAUUGCCCCCAAGGGUUGGCGCAACACAGUCUGAGACUAUGCUUUGAGAUAACUACAGAUUGCUCUGAAUGGGAAGGAGACCAAGUCCCCUCGAAGGUUCUCAAUGCUGUGGUCAGGUCCUGGCAGUCUCAAUGCAAAUGUCACGUAUCUUCGAGCUUAUUUACUGAUGCCAAUCUCACUUGCCAGUCACACCAGUUGACUCUUCAUGUCAGACCGAACGCUACAUUAUCACCUCAAAACGCCGAACUUGAUGUCGCCCUGCCCUUUGUAUUAAUAGGGAGAGUUAUUAAUGUGCAGAACAAGAAUGCUACCUUCACCGUCUGCCCACAAGCUGAUGAGAAGCCAACUCCAACUCUAGCUUCUAUUUCUACAGGACCCCCGACCAGCACGCCUCCUGUACUUCUGAUCAGUGAAGUGAACCCCAAUAAUCCAGGAUCAGCUGAAGAUACGGAAUUUGUGGAGCUUUACCACACAAGCAAUAGCUCGGUCAGCCUUGCUGGUUACUGGCUUGUGCUCAUCAAUGGAAAAAACAAUUUGGUAUACAGUGUUCUGAACCUCAAGGGGCACUACACGGAUAAGAAUGGCUACUUCCUGGUAGGCAGUGCCAAGGUGACACCAAAGCCUCACAUUGUGUUACGUUCAAACACCAUACAGAAUGGGGCAGAUGCUGUCGCUCUGUAUUAUCGUCCGGGAAAGGAAUAUAUUGUCAACAAACCUGUGACUAAUGAUGGGCUGGUGGACGCUGUGGUGUACGUCUCACAAGCAAGAGAUGACGCUUCUGGCCUUCUUAAUGUUUUAACUCCGAAACAGCAAGCUAUAUGUGAAGAUGAAAGAUUUCUGGUGGAGGAUGAGUCUUUGAGUCGCUGCCAUGGUUUUACACUGUUGGAUCAUUCCAGCUUUAAGAUCACUAGGAUUACGCCUCUUACGAAGAAUGACUGUGAGACUGAAUUAACUUCCAGAGCUCCCUUUGUUACCUCAAGCCUGUCUACAGUCUCUACUUAUCCUGGGACACCUUUUACUCCCAUGAUUUUCAUCAGCGAGGUGGGGGUGUUGCAGGGAUCUAUCGCAUACAAUUUCAUUGAACUUAAGGGACCCCCCGGAGCCCAAGUUCAGGAUUACACAUUGGUGAUCUAUUCUAGCGAUGGGAAGGUCUAUCACAGAAUUGGUUUACAAGGCAACAUCCGAGAUAAUGGGUUGUAUCUCAUUGGUACCAAUGACACUAGUGACCAGCAACUUCCCUUGAUCUAUCGACCAUACAUUCUUAGCCCCGAGGCCAUAGCUCUCUACAGGGGGCGCCCUGAGUCAUUCCCUGCUGGAUCCUUCCUGACUAAAACAGAUAUUUUGGACGCCUUUAUUUUAUCAUGGAAAAAUAGCUCAAGAACAGAAGUUCUAAGAGAUUUGACUCAACACAUUGUCACCUUCUAUGAAACCCAACAAUUGGUGUCAGUGAGUCUCUGCACGCAACCUGGCGGAUCAUCUACCUCAAUACUGCCCGUCCAACAACCGAGCCCAGGCUCCGAAAAUAUCUGUCCUUCCUCAGCCACCGCAAUACAGCUUGACCUUUGUGUAAAGGACUCCAGCAUGGAUUGCUCUGAAUGGCAGUCGGUGGAGCAAAGUGUGCUGGAUAGAAUGAAGAUCAGCCUCAGCCAGUCCAUGCAGCACCACUGUUCAUGUACAGCCCCUCCAUCCUAUAUACAAGAUGUGAAUGUUAUUUGUAGCCAGGAGAAGCUUUCCAUCUCCGGUAAUGUAUUGACCACACUCAGUGACCAACACCUCAUACGAAGAUGGAAUGCAGACAUAAUCAGCCACGGAGAUCAAUUCACUUUACAAGGCAGCUCGAUGGGCUCUUUCAUGGUGUGUCUAAUGCCAGAGAGGAUACAAGGAUCUUUUAAAGCUUGGCAAGUCUCUCUCCUGGUGUUGCUGUUACUGCUCCUAAUAUGUGGAGUUAUUGGGUUAAUAUUCUACCUGCGUAAAAGGAGUCCUCAGAACUAUACAACCAUUGAAAUGAAUCCACAUACAGAGUUAACAUUCGAAUACUGAUGACUGAAGCCCCACCAGUAAGAACGUGGACUACACACAGGGGACACAUCUCAAGCUCAGCCAUGUCUAGGAUCACGUCUUAGCUGGGGUCCAAGCGUGCUCAACUUUAAAACUCCUCCAAAUGACAAAUAUCCAAGGAUAUACAACUAUUAAAAAGCGGACAUCCUUAGUCUGGUAUUACAAUGCUAGAAUAUACCCAAUCCAAGACCAUCAAUCCUUAAUAUCUCAGAUCAAAGACAUCUGGAUUUCCAUCACAAUGGAGGAAGCUUCUCUAAUGACGUUCAGUCUCUCGGUUAUAGGUCACUAAUGGAUAGAAUAUACUGAAGUCACUUUAGUUGGGAUUUCUAGCUCAAGAGCAGAUGCCAAGGCCCAAAGAAGAUGAAUGCUACUCGAUGGCUCCACAUGAUGGAUGGGUCCGAUCCAAUUAACUGUCUUGGAGACGGAGAUUUACUCACCGUUAUUAGGCUUUAGAUUUCUUCAGUUUUGCAAAGCAAAGGACAUGAAUAUUUUUGUACAGUUUUUGUUUUCCAAGAAAAAAUUUUUAAUUAAAAAAUAAAAUAAAA